ACGUCAGUGGGAAUUUCCAGCCAGGAAGGAAGUGAGAGCAGCAGCAGCAGGGGAGGGACGGAGAGAGAGUCAGAGGAGGCUGCUGGUGCGAAAGGGCAGCUGCUGACAGGUCCGUGGGACGGAGCCGCCCGGGGCGCACGCCCAAACAAGGGGGAAAACCCCGCCGCGCGGCGGCUGCACAGGAGAGGAGGACUAGGCGGCCGCUCCGCUUCGCAGCCUGGUUUACAUGGCGCCGCGCUGACUCCGGCAAAAGGCGGCGGCAAGCGGCAGCGAAGCGCAAGGCAGAGCGGCUGCCCGGAGCGGGGCUCGCCCUCCCUGCCGGAGCACCGGGGCGCGUCCCGCCCGGAGGAGGAGCGGGGCCAAGGGGGAGACUCCGGCGUGAGGGUGAGCACGGAAUUCGGUGUCGGGUCUUUGGCGGGGCCGGAGUCCCUCUGGUGCCUUUUUAAACCUUCGCCAGCUGGUUCACUUCCUCCUUCCUGGUCGGGCUGCCCGUCCGUCGUGCCUGUGAAACGGCUUGAGCUUCACGCCUGUCAGGUGCAGCGCGGCGUGGCCGAAGCGGUACCACUGCGGAGUGACUCCGGAUUGGUAGAGCUGACAGCAGAUUUUGGCCUCAUUGGGUAUUAUUAUUGAAUACUGGAAAAAUAUACCUCAGUCAGUGAACAGUCGUCCUCAUCGUGCUUCCAUCAUUUCAGCUCUUAAAAUGGCAGAAGAUGAUACCUAUAUGGGAGUAUCGGAUCAUCAGAUGUUUGCAAUGGAUCAGUUCAUGGGAGUGAAUGCACUAUUUAAUAAUACGGGUUACAUUACCUCAGAUUUAGCACUACGAACAGCAGAUGGACCAUAUCUUCAGAUCAUAGAACAGCCUAAACAGAGGGGGUUUCGUUUCAGAUAUGUAUGUGAAGGACCAUCACAUGGUGGACUUCCUGGUGCUUCUAGUGAAAAGAACAAAAAGUCAUACCCUCAGGUCAAAAUCUUCAAUUAUGUUGGGCCAGCUAAAGUAAUUGUCCAGUUAGUCACUUAUGGAAAAUCUGUCCACCUGCAUGCCCACAGUUUGGUGGGUAAAUAUUGUGAGGAAGGAGUAUGCACAGUUAAUGCAGGACCUAAGGAUAUGGUGGUAGGGUUUCCAAACCUAGGGAUACUUCAUGUCACAAAAAAGAAAGUGUUUGAAACUCUGGAAGCACGAAUGACAGAUGCCUGUAAAAAAGGAUACAAUCCUGGGCUCCUAGUGCAUCCUGAACUCAACUAUAUACAAGCUGAAGGUGGUGGAGAGAGACAGCUAACAGAGCGGGAAAGAGAGAUCAUCCAUCAGGCAGCACUUCAGCAGACUAAAGAGAUGGACCUCAGUGUGGUGCGUCUCAUGUUCACAGCCUUCCUCCCGGACAGCACUGGCAGCUUCACAAGAAGGCUUGACCCUGUCAUAUCAGAUGCAAUAUACGACAGCAAAGCCCCCAAUGCCUCCAAUUUAAAGAUUGUGAGAAUGGACAGGACAGCAGGCUGUGUAACAGGAGGAGAGGAGAUUUACCUUCUUUGUGACAAGGUUCAAAAAGAUGAUAUUCAAAUUCGUUUUUAUGAAGAGGAUGAAAAUGGUGGUCUGUGGGAAGGCUUUGGAGAUUUUUCUCCAACAGAUGUACAUAGGCAGUUUGCUAUUGUAUUCAAAACCCCCAAGUAUAGAGAUGUCAAUAUCACAAAACCAGCAUCUGUGUUUGUCCAGCUACGGCGGAAAUCUGAUCUGGAAACAAGUGAGCCAAAGCCGUUUCUGUACUACCCAGAAAUCAAAGAUAAAGAGGAAGUUCAGAGGAAGCGACAAAAGCUCAUGCCUAAUUUUUCUGAUGGUUAUGGUGGAGGCAGUGGAGCCGGAGGUGGAGGGGGUGGAAUGUAUGGAGGAGGAGGAAGUGGUGCUGGUUCAGGGUAUGGAUACCCCUCCUAUGGGUAUUCGUCUUAUGGAGGAAUGCCUUUCCACCCAGGCACCACAAAGUCUAGUGCUGGAAUGAAACAUGGAAUUUCAGACAAUACUACUGAACAGGGUGAGGAAAGCUGCAAUAAACAGGACAACAAACCAGAUGUGAAACACAACCAAAAAGUGGAAAUCCCAGAGAGAAGUAACUCCAGAGUUUGUGGUGGUGAUAAUAAGGAGGAGGCAUGUACAGCUGGAGUAGCGGAAGCAGAUUGCAGGUUACUGGAUGAACUGUUCCUAGAGAAGGCAAUGCAACUUGCUAAGCGCCACGCCAAUGCUCUUUUUGACUAUGCUGUAACUGGUGAUGUGAAGAUGCUACUUGCUGUUCAGCGACAUCUUACUGCCGUCCAGGAUGAUAAUGGUGACAAUGUCCUCCACUUAGCAAUUAUCCACCUUCAUUCUGAGCUGGUGAGAAACCUCUUAGAAGUGGUGCGGGGAUUUAAUUUUGACGACAUCAUCAAUAUGAGAAAUGACCUUUAUCAGACACCUUUGCACUUGGCAGUUAUCACAAAGCAGACAGAUGUGGUAGAGCACUUGCUCAUGGCUGGAGCUGAUGUCAGCCUUCUGGAUCGACAUGGUAAUUCUGUCUUGCACCUAGCUGCCAAAGAAGGAGAUGACAAGACUUUAAAUAUACUCCUUAAGCAUGAGAAGACCUCUCCAAUGAUCAACCUUUCAAAUGGGGAAGGUCUCAGUGUUAUUCACAUGGCAGUGAUGGCAAAUAGCAUGCCUUGUCUCAGGCACAUGAUUGCUGCUAGAGCUGACAUCAAUGCUCAGGAACAAAAAUCUGGGCGAACUGCAUUGCAUCUGGCUGUCGAACAAGAAAACAUCUCUUUGGCUGGUUGCCUUCUGCUUGAGGGUGAUGCAGAUGUUGAUAGUACAACUUAUGAUGGGACAACUCCACUUCACAUAGCAGCUGGAAGGGGGUCUACAAAACUGACAGCACUUCUCAAAGCAGCAGGUGCAGAUCCUUACAUUGAGAACUUUGAGCCAUUAUUUGACUUAGAAGAUGUGAGAAACAAAGACAGUGAUGAUGAAGGAAUCGUACCUGGAACAACACCUUUGGAUAUGGCCUCCAGUUGGGAGGUAUUCGACAUAUUAAAUGGCAAACCCUAUGAAUCAAAGUUGGCUUCCGAUGACUUACUGAUGCAAGGCGAUAUGAAAAAAUUGAAUGAAGACUCCAAGCUGCAGCUUUACAAAUUACUAGAAGUACCUGACCCAGACAAAAACUGGUAUACACUGGCACACAAGUUGGGCCUGGGAAUACUCAGUAAUGCCUUCAGGUUGAGUCCUAUCCCAGCCAAAACUCUGCUGGAUAACUAUGAGGUUUCUGGUGGUACGGUGAAAGAGUUGGUUGAUGCCUUGAGACUAAUGGAUUACACAGAAGCAAUUGAAAUAAUUCAGAAAGCUCUCUCCAUGUCAUUAAGCCAGUCUAACAAUGAGGAUAUUGUUGUGAAGGCUCCCCCAUCAUCCCCGUCUGCCUUUGCCAUCAAAGAAGAGACAGGUGAACUUUAUAAUGUAAAAUUACAAGACAAUGAAAGCAUGUGUGAUAGCGGCGUGGAGACUUCCUUCCGCAGACUUAGCGUCACUUAUUCUGAGUCACUUCCCAGUAUCAUCAAUAACACUUAGCAAAAUGACCCUGGGAUAUGGACAAAAAGGCUCAGUUUAAGGCAAAAUGUAACCAGUUAGCAACAUGCAAUUAUAUGAACUUAAAUGACAGUUAAAAUUAUGUCUGUAUAAUUCUGUCCAGCAGAAGCGAUCGUACAGCCAGAAGUGCACUGGAAAACAUCUGUCUGACGUGUACAAGAUUUGAAGGAUUUGUGAACAUUGCUUCUUUUUUGUUUCUUAAAUACCUUUACUUGUGUUCCUUUACAAGCUGUCUAGUGUAACCAGAACCAGUAACCAGUGCUGUCUAAUGUAUAGAACUGGAUGAUGUGCCUUUUUCUGGUUGCCAGAAUUCUCUGUAUGGAUGGACAUUGCUACUUCUUAUUAAUGUUGAAUACCAACUCACCUCUCAUAAAAGAUGUACUGCACACAGAACAAUCAGAGGAUGCAUCUUCUAGCUACCCAUUCCCCAGUUUUACAGCACAGUUACAUGGAAAGGAGAGCACAUAAAACUGUUAAAAGGAUUCCUCUGAUGUUAAAGACAAAUUGUGGUUUUCUCAAAGUAGUCAUUGUCGCAAUUAAAAAAAAAA